CCACUUUUCUGCUCGCGGCCUUUUAUUAUUGUCGUCCACGGCCAGACUUCGUGCCAUUGUCAACUCUCCUCUCCUCCGUCAUUUGAGUCUGGUGCUUGCCGUCGGUCGAUUGCACACCUGUGAAAAUGCUUCUUUCGCAAACCCGGGGCCGUAUGCCCUCUGCUCUGCGGAGCCUGGCCCAGCGGUCGAUGACUGCUCGCCCUAUCUCCACCACCCUCCCUAGACAGAAGAUCGCCGCCUCCGAUGAGGAACCCGUCCUCAACAAGGUCUCCCGCAACAUCACGCAGCCCAUCUCCCAGGGUGCCUCGCAGGCCAUGCUCUACGCCACGGGUCUGACGGAAGCCGACAUGAACAAGGCCCAGGUCGGUAUCUCGUCGGUCUGGUACAACGGUAACCCGUGCAACAUGCACCUUUUGGAUCUCAACCACAAGGUGCGCGAGGGUGUGCAGAAGGCCGGCUUGAUCGGCUACCAGUUCAACACGGUGGGAGUCAGUGACGGUAUCAGUAUGGGCACCAAGGGUAUGCGGUACUCACUGCAGAGUCGUGACCUGAUCGCCGAUUCCAUUGAGACUGUCAUGGGCGGCCAGUGGUACGACGCCAACAUCAGCAUUCCCGGCUGUGACAAGAACAUGCCGGGUGUCUUGAUGGCCAUGGGCCGUGUCAACCGCCCCAGUCUGAUGAUCUACGGUGGUUCCAUCAAGCCCGGUUGCGCCGCCACCCAGGACAACGCCGACAUCGACAUCGUCUCCGCCUUCCAGGCCUACGGACAGUUCAUUACCGGCAACAUCACCGAGCCCCAGCGCUUCGACAUCAUCCGCCACGCCUGCCCCGGUAAGGGUGCCUGCGGUGGUAUGUACACGGCCAACACCAUGGCUACCGCCAUCGAAACCAUGGGCAUGACCCUACCCGGCUCCUCGUCGUUCCCGGCCGAUUCCACCGCCAAGUACAUCGAGUGCCAGGCCGCCGGUGAGGCCAUCAAGAACCUGCUCAAGGAGGACAUCCGCCCGCGCGACAUUAUGACGCGCCAGGCCUUCGAGGACGCCAUGAUCCUGGUGAACAUUACCGGUGGUUCUACCAACGCCGUGCUGCACCUGAUCGCUAUCGCCGACUCGGUCGGCGUGAAGCUCGACAUCGAGGACUUCCAGGCCGUCUCCGACCGGACUCCCUUCCUGGCCGACCUGAAGCCCUCCGGCAAGUACGUCAUGCACGACCUGCACAAGAUCGGCGGCACCCCGUCGCUGCUGAAGUUCCUGAUCAAGGAGGGUGUCAUCAGCGGCAAGGGUAUGACCGUCACCGGCCAGACCAUGGCCAAGAACCUGGAGAACGUGCCCGACUUCCCCGAGGAUCAGAAGAUCAUCCGUCCCUUCUCCGACCCCAUCAAGGAGACCGGUCACAUCCAGAUUCUCCGUGGAUCGCUGGCGCCCGGCGGCUCCGUCGGUAAGAUCACCGGUAAGGAGGGUAUGUCGUUCACCGGUAAGGCUCGUGUGUUCGACGACGAGGACGACUUCAUCGCUGCGCUUGAGCGCAACGAGAUCAAGCAGGAGGAUAAGACCGUGGUGGUCAUCCGCUACACUGGACCCAAGGGAGGUCCGGGUAUGCCCGAAAUGCUGAAACCCUCUUCCGCCCUCAUGGGUGCCGGUCUCGGUAACUCGUGCGCCCUGAUCACCGACGGUCGAUUCUCUGGCGGUUCUCACGGUUUCCUGAUCGGUCACAUCGUGCCUGAGGCCGCCGUCGGCGGACCCAUCGGUCUUGUUAAGGACGGCGACGUCAUCACCAUCGACGCUGAGCGCCGCGCUCUCGACCUGGACGUCGACCAGACGACUCUGGCCGAGCGACGCAAGCAGUGGGAGGCUGACCGCGAUGCCGGCAAGCUUCCUCCUACUGGCCUGACUCUGCGUGGCACUUUGGGCAAAUACGCUCAACUCGUCCAAGACGCCAGCCACGGCUGUAUCACCGAUUCCUUGCAGAAGGACAAGUCCGACUAAAUGACCCUAAAAUAACUGUACUAACUUAAUUCUGGGCGAGGAUGAGUGAGUUUGUAUUACCUUAUCCUUACUAUUCUGCCGUGUUAUAAUGAAAUAGCUGGAUCAUAUUUCUGGAUUUUGGCUUUGCAUGUUUCUUCAUAUCUCAUGUUUGAUAGGCGAAGUCGUUAGAUGAACCAAAAGCGUGUACUUAUUUCUUUAUUGAAUAUAUUGUUUGGUAUAUUGCA